UCAAAGCAGUUUAUAGUCAAACAAUAUAGUCAAACCCAAUACUAGAAGUAUUAUUUGCUAAAUAUAUUUUGUGAUACAAACAUUAUGGAGCCACCCGGGCAGUGCCAGCAGCUAAAGCCGCGUGCCAUUUUCGGAAUUAACGGAAAGGUUGAGAAUGGCGUGCGUCAGCACUCAACAACAGGCGAUAUUAUAUUCGCAUUGGGCAAUAAAAUCGGCAUUGCCAAUCACAAAAAGAACUCGCAAGAGUUCAUACCAGGACACAGCAACACCAUAUCGUGCCUGGAUCUAAGCAAAAGUGGCAAGUACAUAGCCUCGGGGCAAAUAAAUCAUAUGGGGUUUCGCGGAUACGUGAUCAUAUGGGAUUACCAUCAACGCAAGGAGAUAGCGCGUCACGACCUGCACAAGGUGAAGGUCCAGGCUAUAUGCUUCACAGCCGAGGAUCGUUUUGUGGUAUCAAUCGGUGGCGUUGAUGAUGGCUCCGUGAUUGUCUUUGACAUGGAAUCAUUCUCCCCAAUUUGUCGGCAGCCAGCUUCCCGAGCCAUCUCUGGGAAUGCUCUGGGUGUUCGCCCCAUGCACAAUAAUCCAUUCUUCUUUUUGACUGCUGGAGAUCGCCAUCUGCGUCUGUGGAGCAUUGUGCGCGAGCAGAAGAAGCUCUACGUCCAGGACGUGCACAUGGCCAGCAAGACGCGCGUCUUCUACUGUGUACGCAUCAGCAAGAACGACCAGAUCGCCUACAUGGGCACGGGCACCGGGGAUAUAGUGAAGAUCACGCUCAAUUGCUGUGACCGUGACAAUGUCACCAGGCCGGGCUCCACCAGCGGUAUCUUGGGUGCCUUUGGCACCCACAAUGCCCGCAAGCCGUCGGGACGGGAUUGCAAUCGCUAUGUGAAUGGUGUUCGUGCUCUGUAUAUUGUGGACGAGAGUCGGCUCCUAAUCGGAGCCGGCAAUGGCGAUGUGGAGCUCGUCGAGGAGCGUACCGAUGUGCCGCUGAUCAAUUUUCGGGAUUACCCAGGACCCACCUGGCCAUAUCUGCGCGUGCUCAAGACGACUCGCGUUUCCGGACGAAUCUCUUCCUUUGUCCGCUCCACCCAAGAUUUGUUUUACAUUUGCACAGACACAAACGAGAUUUACGGGCUGACCAUUACCACAUGGAAACUUAAACUACUGCGCACAUGCCACACCAAAUCCGUUUACUGCAUCACAUUCCCCAAGGCAUAUGCUGCCGUCUUUGCCACCUCGGGCAAAGAAUGCAUUCGCAUUUGGUCGUCGGGCCGAAAGCAAGAGCUGCUCCGCAUCAUGGUCUAUAACUUCAACUGCGCCGCUGUGCGCUUCACCCACGAUGGCACCAGCAUUGUGUCGGUCUGGAACGAUGGCAUCAUACGCGCCUUUACACCCAUCACAGGACGACUCAUAUAUGCCAUUCCCAAUGCACACAACAAGGGCUGCAGUGCCCUGGCAGUGUCCUCCACAGGGCGCCUCAUUGUCACUGGAGGCAUCGAGGGUCAGGUGCGUGUAUGGAAGAUAGAUCCGUAUCGCCAGUCGCUACUGGGAGUGCUAAAAGAUCACUCGGGUCCUAUCACAUCUCUGGACAUUAAUCAUCUGGGCACAGAGGUCAUCUCGGCCUGCACCGACGGCUCCUGCGUCAUCUGGGACAUCAACCGCAUGACCCGCAAACAGGUGGUUACUGCCAACACACAGUUCAUGUGCGCCUCAUAUUUCCCGACUGGGGUCCAGGUACUCACCUGUGGCUCGGAUGGCAGGAUAAUCUAUUGGAUGGUGUACAACGGAGCUCUGAUCCGCGAGCUGACCGCCUCGAAGAAGUCGUCGGUCAACUGCAUCUCGAUCAACGAUACCGGCGACUACUUUAUAAGCGUCGGCAGUGAUCUGCAGGUAAAGCUCUGGGACUACAACAAGGGCGACGUGGUGGGCGUUGGAUCAGAGCAUGCUUCUUCCGUGAUCAGCGCCGCGUACAGUCCUUGCCUAAAGAUGUUCGUGACCGGCAGCACAGACGGUUCGCUCAUUAUUUGGGACGUGCCCCAAGACUUCUGGGGCAGACCAAAUCCGCCAGAUGCCCCAACCUACACCUUGCCGAAGACGACAUCGAAGGGCAAACUGAGCGAUGUCCAAUCACGCGUCGACUCGGGCUCAAAGGUACAGGCAAAGGGGGAAAACAUCGAUGGUCUUCUGAAGGCGACGCCGAAGGACGACAUCUGCUGUGUCGAGUGUCCUCCCUGCGCCCAGAAGGAGAAGAAGGCUUCUGACCCUUUUGCCGAGUGCAAGAUUGUCCCCGAUGUGAGAAAAUGUUGAGCGUUCAUAAUUAUUUAUUUAGUUAAGUUAUCAUUCUGCAAUGCAAAAUAAAUUCAGUCGUUCUCUUCGA